AAACUGUUCGCUGCGCCGGUUGAUCUGUGUGACGAGUACAGCUGUUUCGCGAGUCGGAUAUCGCGUGCGUGCCAUGUAAAACCGCCAAGAGGCGUGUGUGCAUUCGGUUAACUCUGGUGGACGUUUUCGACCCAGAAAGUCUCCUUUGGCAUUCGGUGGCCUUCCGGCGUGGUCCCGUCCGGUGUUUCUCGCCUCUUAUUUUUCCUCUUUUUAAGUUCAGUGAAGUCUGUUACAUCGUCAAGUGUCCGUCAAGCGGCUUGAAGCCUUGUCUUCGAGCAAAUUCACCAUCCCCCCAAUUCCUGUGAUGGAUUAAGUACAUCCCCAAUUCUUCAGUCGUCGAUUCCAGGAACAGACCCAAAGCAACAAUGGAAUACUUAGAUCGACUUCCGAUCCCGAAUCUUCGGGUGUACACAGGAAUGAGCUUCGCCGUUCUGUCGUGCUCGGUGUACUAUGCAGCCCAUAUCAUCAAAGAUCCUACCUGGAAGAGCAACAACACGUACGUGGAGAUGGAAAACAUUGAUUUCACCAGCGACGUCGAGUCUUAUCCAAGGAACAUAGUGAUGCAUCUGAAGGAAUUGAUCGAAUGUAUGCUGGACGAGCCUAUCUGCAUUUGGACAUUGAUCAAUAUGGCUUACUGCAUGCUAAUCCUCCUUGGCAAGACGAUCCAGAAACUGGUGUUCGGUGAACUUCGGGCGUCAGAGAGGCAAUAUCUGAAGGACAAGUUCUGGAACUUCCUUUUUUACAAGUUCCUCUUCGUCUUUGGCGUGCUGAACGUGCAGUACAUGGACGAGGUGAUCCUCUGGUGGUCCUGGUUCACCGCGCUCGGCUUCCUCAGCCUGCUCAGCCAACUCUGCAAGGAUCGAUUCGAAUACUUAUCCUUUUCACCGACAACCCCAGGUUGGAGUCAUGCAAGGCUUCUUGGACUGCUCGCUGCGAUCCUGGCCUUGUCAUCUUUCAUGUUGCUGCUCUGCACAGCUGCAGCCUUCUUCUUUGUCUCCUUCAACACAUUCGUCUUCACUGCAGCAGAGUGUAUUCUAUUGGGCGUGAGAACGAUGCACGUAAUGGUAAGGUACAUUAUUCACUUGUACGACAUAAGAGGCGUUGGAACAUCCUCGCAACGUCCAUGGGACAAACGAGGUCCCCUCACGUAUUACACAGAUCUGGUGGCAGAGCUGAUAGUACUGUCUGUGGAUUUCCUCCAUCAUGUCCACAUGUUACUUUGGAGCAACAUUUUCCUGAGCAUGGCGUCUCUCGUAAUCUGUAUGCACCUUAAGUACCUUUUCUAUGAGAUACAGCACAAAAUGACGAAACAUAGAAACUACUUGGCUGUGCUGAGCCAUAUGGAACAAAACUAUCCAAUGGCAACGCAAGAGGAACUGGAAGAAAAUUCAGACAACUGUUCAAUAUGCUGGGAGAAAAUGGAGUCAGCUAGAAAGCUGUCCUGCGGUCAUCUGUACCAUAAUUCAUGUCUACAGUCGUGGCUGGAACAGGACACGUCUUGCCCAACCUGUAGGGUUGCACUGAGCAUGCAGCAGGAGCUACCGAACGAGCUACAGACACCAGCCAGACUAAAUGAAAAUCAUUCCUUCCGUUUCGACGGCUCGAGAUACAUUUCUUGGUUGCCGAGCUUCUACGUGGAAAUAUUUCACAAUAGGUCACGCAGGGAUAUCCCUAUUAUUCCGCACAGCAACUCUCAGAUGGACGCUAUGAUCAGACAGGUGCAGCAGCUGUUCCCACACUUUCCACGUAACGUGAUUCAGGAAGACCUCAGGGUAACCAGAUCGAUCGAUUGGACCAUCGAGAAUAUUCUCGAUGGUGUGCUGGUGCCACCGCAUCAUUUAAUCGAAGAGUCACAAUCGGAGUCCGUCCCUCAGAUCCAUAUCAGUAUCACUGAGAUCAAUGUCUCCUUGAAUUCCGCUUCAGGAUCGCCACCCACUGAUCCAAGAUUUGACAUGCCUGUUGCCGACAGCGGCGAAGAACCUUCCAGUUUAGGAGCACGGUUUUCCAAAUCCUCCAUGGAAAGGGAGCACAUCCUCCAGCAUCGCAAAGAACACAUGAGACUAAAUGCAAGAAGGAAAUUUAUGGAGAAGCACAGGAAAGAACAUGAGGCUGAGCAACGUAUUUCCGAAGUCACCUCUUAAAAUAGAAU